AUGAACCCGGCACUGUCCCUCGUCACCAGACCCGAGAUGGACCUCGGCGAACGGAGCUUCAUGACAGUGUGUCCGCUCGCUCGGGGCUCGUUGGGAAAGCCCGAGCCUUUUCCCAAGGCUCCGCCAUCAUCCAAGGUCCAGUCCUGGUCUUCUCCCAUGGCCCAAUCCUCCCUGGCAUCAGCCACCAAGUCGAAGAACCAGUCCACCGACCCAUCCCCGCCCGCGCAGACACCCACCAAGCCUCCCCACGACCUUCCCGCCUCUCCCGGAGCUCCUGUCGGACGGGACCAGGCGCACGAGAUACUCGCUGCGCUCCUCGUCCUCGUCGGUCUGCUCAAUGUCCAGCUUGUCAAGUCGCCGGGCAGCACGAUGCUGCCACUCGUUGGCCCGGAUGAGGCCUUGUUGUUGGAUCGCAACCCUACCCUGCAGCUCGAUCUGCCCAGCUGUAACUGCGCGUCAGAUUGCGUGGCUGCUCGCCGCGAGGUCCUGCGGAUGCAGAUGGAUGCUGCUGCGGGCCUUGCAAGAAUCGAGCAAGCCGAUCCGCUACUCCUCCGCCUCGUCCGCUUUCUGUGGCGCAUGUGGGCGGGAGAGCCCGAACCCGCGUACGUGUGGUGGUGCAGCGCCGAGGAGAUGCGCAAACUGUAG